CGCGCCAGGGACGCCGGCGAGCGGCGUUCCAGGUACGGGGUGCUGCCGCCAAAGACGGCGCUCGGGCGUGCCAGCAGCCACGCGUCCAGCUCCGGCGUCUCCGGCCGCCUGGACCCGCGGCUGCACGCCCUCUUCACCGAGGAGGCGCAGCUGGUGGGCAUCGACGGGCCGAGGGACGAGCUCGUGGGCUGGCUGAUGGAGGACGACGCGCGGCUCCGGGUGCUCGCCGUCGUCGGGUUCGGUGGGCUCGGCAAGACCACGCUGGCGAGGAUGGUGUGCGAGAACCCACGGGUGAAGAGCGCUGACUUUCAGUGCUCCCCGUUGCUCAUCGUGUCGCAGACGCUAAACGUCAGGGCGCUGUUCCUGCACAUGCUCAGGGAACUGACCCAGCGGCCGCGCCUGGCUGCCGGCGACGAUACCAUGGAUGAUAGCUUGCACGGGGCGGAGAGCUGGGAAACGGCGCUGCUGGCCAACAAGCUCAAACUUUACCUGCAAGACAAAAGGUACGUACAUCCGCAUCAGUGGACCGAGACCAAGUCACGCACUAUUGGGCAUUAAGGCCCUGCUUGGAAUGUCGUUUUUCAGCCCAUUACACCUGUAUAAAACAUCCCCUCCGUAAAAGAAAACAGCUGGGGGCUUCGACUAGGUGCUUGGAACGCCGUUUUCGGGCUGUAAAAAAUACACCCGUUUUUGCUUUUACACCCGGAACAGGCCCGUAAGAUGGAUCGGUAAUUUAGCUUUUUCAACUUACUUUUGCCUAGGUAAUUGUUGUCAAGGGACGCAAAUAUCUCUAC